AGUAAAGGGAUCCAACUUCUUCGGUACUAGUCUUUGAUGUGGGAACAGAAUUCUUCAAACUCUUGCUCGAAUCGAAUCGAAUCGAAUCAAAUUUGAGUGAAAAUCUCAAAUUUGAUUUACCACAGCAGGCCGACCCAUCAACUCCAUUGUUUUCGUCCUGAUUGCGAUGUCUUUAACGUUAAACCUAAAAGGACCGUAGUCCCCGAGAAUUGAGGAUUGAGCAUUCAGAAUGCCAUUUUUUACUUCUUGACGACUGAGCACACACAUUAUGAGUGAUUUUCCAACUUUCCAUGUACGUGACAACCAAAUUAAUUCAUUUCAAUCUUUCCCUAUAAAUUCCAUCGAUACUUUCUAAACCUGUGAGACCCCAAAGAGACCCAUCAAAGCUGUUCUUCGCUCUCCUCUGAUUCUCAGAUGGACCAUGAGGAGGUACCCUUUACUAGAACAGAGUCUCAGGAAAUUGAGAUCCCAAUAGUAUCUGAAGGAAUUGAUGCUCUUCCUGUGCCACCACAGUUACCUUGCUCUUCUGUUUGUGUUUUCUUCAAAAAAGAACAUUGUAGUUUGGAUUCAAGAGAACGGUCCAAGUCAGCAAAAAAACUUUGUGGACUCAUUGUUGCCUCUGUCUUGUUUAUGGUGGUAGAAAUUAUUGGUGGUGUCAAAGCCAAUAGCCUUGCAGUACUCACGGAUGCAGCCCACUUGCUCACUGAUGUUGCUGGAUUCUCCAUUGCUCAUUUCACAGUAAUGGCUUCAGGUUGGGAGGCAACAUCAUACCAGUCAUUUGGAUAUCACCGUCUUGAGGUUUUGAGUGCCCUUCUGUCUGUGCAGCUAAUAUGGCUGGUCUCUGGGAUCUUGAUCUAUGAAGCAGUUGGCAGAAUCCUUCACAAAAAUGAAAAGGUGAAUGGAUUCCUCAUGUUUGAAGUUGCAGCAUUUGGAUUUCUUGUCAACUUAAUCAUGGUCAUGUGGCUCGGUCAUGAUCACACUCAUCAUGCCUGUGGAGGCUUAGGACAUGAUCAUAAUCAGGAGCAUAAUCACGAUCAUCAUCAUGAUCAUCAUCACGACAGGGAGGAAGAAUAUGCAAUAACUGAAGACGAUAAAACUAGUCUGGUAUCAAGUUCUCCGGAAAAUACUAAAAUAUUAAACAUAAACCUCCAAGGAGCUUACUUGCAUGUCAUCGCUGAUAUGAUUCAGUCUGUUGGGGUGAUGAUUGCUGGAGGCAUCAUAUGGGCAAAGCCAGAUUGGUUUGUAGUUGAUCUGAUAUGCACACUCAUAUUUUCUGUUUUUGCUGUUAGCACAACUACAUCGAUGCUUAGAAAUAUAUAUGGCAUACUGAUGGAGAGAACACCAAGUGAGAUUGAUAUCACCAAUCUAGAAAAAGGCAUCAAGUGCAUCAAAGGGGUUGAGGAUAUUAACGACCUACAUGUUUGGGAACUGACAGUUGGAAAAACGGUUUUGUCUUGCCAUGUAAAGGCAGAGCCGGCAGUGAGCUCUAGUGAGAUAAUUGGCAAAAUUAGGGAUUACUGUGAAAGAACUUACAGAAUACAUCAUGUAACUAUACAGAUUGAAUAGUAGACUUCAGAUUCAGCCUAUCCUCUGUUUGUUUUUUGGGUAAAAAACCUACACUUUUGUUGGAUCUUAUUAAAUUCUUUACCUUUUCCUCUUAA